UACACUUGUAAAUGCAUCCAAUGACGCCAAGUACGCACAGGGAAAUUCCAUGAAUUACAUUCAACGUUUUGACUUGUUAUCGGAUAUUAUUACUGCGAACUUGAAAGCUCAGAACGACAAUUCAUUAAACAAAACGGGAGGCAGAAUUUUUAGGAAACCUCUUUAUAUUGCAACGCGGUAGAAUCGCGUCUUACUACGUUACAUCAGUGAACGAGUGAACUCUGUGAGAAAACGCUUUGAUAAAAUGGCGGAUAAAUCACGUCGUGUGGCGCAAACAGAGGAUUUAUCAAACGUCGAGUUUGAAACCAGCGAAGAUGUCGAAGUUAUUCCUACCUUCGAUAAUAUGGGUCUCCGCGACGAAUUGUUACGUGGGAUCUACGCAUAUGGUUUCGAAAAACCGUCUGCUAUUCAGCAACGAUCCAUUAAACCUAUUAUGAAAGGCAGAGAUGUGAUAGCGCAAGCACAAUCUGGUACAGGAAAGACCGCUACUUUCUCAAUUGCAAUAUUGCAAUCAUUGGACACACAAGUACGGGAAACUCAAGUUCUGGUUUUGUCGCCAACUCGGGAACUUGCAACUCAGAUUCAGAAAGUCAUCCUCGCAUUAGGAGACUUUAUGAAUGUGCAAUGUCAUGCUUGUAUCGGUGGCACAAAUCUUGGGGAAGAUAUCAGAAAGCUCGAUUAUGGUCAACAUGUUGUAUCUGGCACACCUGGUAGAGUAUUUGAUAUGAUCAAGAGACGGGUACUUAGAACCAGAGCUAUCAAAAUGUUAGUGCUGGAUGAAUCCGACGAAAUGUUGAACAAAGGCUUCAAAGAGCAAAUUUACGACGUAUAUCGAUAUCUACCACCGGCGACACAAGUGGUUCUAGUUUCAGCCACUUUACCACAUGAAAUUCUUGAGAUGACUAGUAAAUUUAUGACAGAUCCUAUUCGUAUUCUUGUCAAACGUGAUGAAUUGACGUUGGAAGGAAUUAAACAAUUCUUUGUCGCUGUAGAACGAGAAGAAUGGAAAUUUGACACACUUUGCGACUUGUACGACACAUUAACGAUAACACAAGCAGUUAUCUUCUGUAACACCAAGCGUAAAGUAGAUUGGUUGACAGAAAAGAUGCGAGAAGCUAACUUUACUGUGUGCUCUAUGCAUGGAGACAUGCCUCAAAAGGAACGAGACAACAUAAUGAAAGAAUUCCGAUCUGGUCAAAGUCGCGUGCUAAUCACAACGGACGUCUGGGCGAGAGGUAUCGACGUUCAGCAAGUGUCACUCGUAAUUAAUUACGAUUUACCUAACAAUCGUGAAUUAUACAUUCAUAGAAUAGGUCGAUCGGGUCGUUUCGGUCGUAAAGGUGUCUCGAUAAACUUUGUAAAAACUGAUGAUAUAAGGAUUCUUCGAGAUAUCGAGCAGUAUUACUCUACACAAAUAGACGAAAUGCCGAUGAACGUUGCCGACCUGAUAUAAGAGAUCUAAGAGAUUAUAUAUAAAAAUAUGUUUAAUUACUUCAAUAAAACAACAAUUUUUUUAA